AUGGCAAACAACCCAAACGAAGUAGAAUUUUGCUCCCGCGUCAUCAAAUGGCAAGGAAAAAACGAUGAAUGCAACAACAACCAGCGGAAUGAAAGUAGCCCCAAAGUGUGGUUCGACUAUUACAAUGACGUAGUGAGGGAUGAUCUCAAGGACGUAGAAGCCAAUACACUAUUUAACAUGAAAAGACACAUGCUUACGAAAAAGAUAUAUCCCAAGAAUAAAAACUCCGCUUUAUUGCUACAUAAUCCUUUCGACUUUAAUUUGAAAAGAACUCAUCACGGAAAUGAAGGGAAGGGCCAUUCGAGUGUGAGAAGUGCCCACUCCAAUGUGGGCACAGAACGGAAGAAGAAUUUUCUCUUUGAGGAUUUUGUUUGGAAUAACGAAUUGAAGAGGUAUGUCAAAUUGGAACAGGUAGACAGGGGACAACAUAGGAAGCAUGGUAAGAACAGCGGAACCCCUAGGGGAGGCUUCAACUGUGGGAACAGCACUCGGAGAAGCAACUCUUGCGUGGGAUUGGACAAUCGCGCAGGGACCAUCAGUCACCAAAGAGAAAGUGGAACUUCCCAGGCGAAAUACACUCGUUUAAGGAGUGAGCGGGGGGUAGUAGGGUGCCAGCAAAAGAAUGGACCCGUAGCAAUCCCAGCACCCCCCGUCGAAGCGCCGAGUGUGUGGGGGGGUGAUCACCCGCGGAUUCCCCACAAAAAGUAUCGCAGUGAGCACCCCAGUGUUAACCCAAACGGUCACCCAAAGGAAAGACACGGGGAUGACACAAGUGCUCACCAGAGCGUAUACUAUAGUGCUGCUCCCAAUUCCUACAGGAGUGCUUGCCCAAACGAAUACUAUAAUGCUAACCUAAAUUCCUACAUGAGUGUAUACCCAAACGAACACCAAAGUGCUCACCACAAUAUUCACCAUAGAGGUGACCCUACUGCUGACCCUAGUGCCUUUCUCGCUGCCUACCAAAGAGGAUACCACAGCGCUGAGCCCAGCACUUACACAAGCUCAAACUACAACGCUGCAGUCCUUACCUACCCCAAGGCUCCUACACCCGACGUGGCGCAUCAAAUAGAGGAGAACCUGAAAAGGAUGAUUCUGUCAAAAUCGCAGGCCCUCAAGAACGACACGAUGAGAAACAAUCAUGGAGAAAAUAUCCUGAUGGUCCAGGACGAGAAAACAGGGAGGGUGAAAAUCGUGGCGAACAAAAGGAUCGAAAUAGGUCAAGUCAUCUUUAUAGAGGAGUGCGUCCUGGAGACAUCCAUCCAGCUGGAACAUUUAUGGGACACGUUCAAUUCGUUGGACAAUGAGAAAAGAAGGAAGUUGGAUAAGAUUUGUGAGUAUAUGAAUAUGGGGAGGGAGAAUAAGAGCGGGGCACACAAACACGCAGGGGUGGCGGCAGCGAUUCCGACAGCGGUAGCGAAAGAAGAACUACCCAAAUCGGUCGGCAGAAUGACAGGCAGUGGGGCACAUACCACAGGCCAGGGGGAUGGAAGGGCACCGCGUGUCAUUUCCUACUGCCGAAGUGGAGAAAAUACACACGAAAAAUACACAGGACGCAUAGCACAUAGAACAUCCACAAGAAGGGACAUCCAGGACAGUCGGGAAGAAAAAAAGAAAAAAUCAACAAAUGGAAAAAAGAAUGGAAAAACGAAUGGAAAAUUUGUACACGAUUUAAUUAAAUUCGAGACAUUCACAGAUAUACUAAAGAACUCUUUCAUUUCGCCAAAGGAUAAAACAGAAAUCAUGUUGUUUCAGUAUGCGUCCCUUUUAAGUCACAGCUGCUUCCCGAACGCUAGCUACUCCUAUAUAGACAUUAACAAGAUCUGCUUCAUCUCCAUGAGGACCAUAAAUAUGUAUGAAGAAAUUACCAUCUCGCUAAUCGAUGAACUAUAUGCUUCCAUCCAGCAUAGAAGAAGCAAAUUAAAUGAAAUUAAAAAUGACACUUGCUUCUGCAACCGAUGCUCACAAAUAAUGGACGAGGAAAGACACAUCCUUUGUCCUCUCUGUAAAUACUCCUACGUUAGGAAGGAGGCAGAUCUCAAAUAUGGAAGAAAUUCGUAUCAUAAUGGAGGUAGGAAUACCAUCCCGUGGGGGGAUGAGAGUCAGGCCUCCAGUGUGGGUGCCCCUCAGGGAAGGGCGAUACAAACGGCGGAGCAGACGCACAAGCAAGUGAUGAGUAUACAUCAGAACAAGGUGGGCACAAAUAGUGGGACAUCGCCUUGGGAAUGUACCCCCUUCACAGAAGAAAAAGUUCACCUCCAAAAGGAAGUAAAUAAGAGGCCAUACCUCUCUUCCGAUGGUGGCGAAGGUGGCAUGGGAUACUACUCGGGGACGCCCAACAAAAUGGGAGGCAUUACCAAAAAGAACACGAGAAAGACGGGAAUAAAUUCUGAUGAUGAACCCUCCAUGUGUAGUGUCAGUAAAAUGGAUAAAGAGCAGUCAUCCAUGUAUACUCAAAACAGAAUGCCCAAUGCGAGAAUAAUAAGCCCCGGGGAGGACCCCCCCAAUUGGGGUGAAGCCCCCGUGGGACAAUUUAAUAUGCUCAGAUUUGAACGGGGUCUAAACAUAGCCAACAUUAUGAUGCUCAUUUGGAACACACAAAAUGAGAGGAAUGAAAUUGGGUGCUGCAAAUUUCACAAUAAUGAAGAGCUAUGGAUAUGUGAUACCUGUGGUGAAGCAGUUUCUUCGUGUGCUCUACCGGUAGAAAGUGAAGAAAAUUUCACAAAGGAAUAUAAACGUUUAAGAGACAUCAUAAGUAGCAACCAAUUCGACAGGGACUAUAAUGUUGAGGGCAGUUUAAAUACCAUUGAAAGAUCGCUUGUUUAUAUUAUUGGCAUUUUGGGGGAGAAGCACUGGCUAUAUGCAUCGUUUAAUUACCUAAUGGCGGACUUUUGCUUCUCCGUUUGCUGCUACAGUUCGGAUGAGUCAAACUGGGAUAGAUACCUUUUAAAAGGUUUUAAUUCGUUUCAGAAUUUUUUGUGGUUUAUUCAAACGAGAUGUGCCCAUUCCAUUCACACCGACUUGGUACCCCUGGUGUUGAAAUUUUUCCUUGUCUGUAUUUAUACAUGCAAUUAUAAGACCCUUUAUGAAUUUGCGAGGUCAGGUUUUCUCGAAUUGAUAAGACAGAAAUAUGGUCCUUGGAAUAUUCCCUUCAUGUGUCUCUAUCUUGCCUUUCAAAUGUGCUAUGCGCACAUCAAUGGCACGCUGCCCAUAUGCAGGGAGAUCCUUUUGGUACUGGCAGACAUGACUCGGGUGCGGCUCUUCGGGGAGCUCCCUCGUUGA